UCACUCAUAAUACUUUUUUAUAGUCUGAUUUUUUAUAUUUAGAAUUUUGAUGCCUAUUUUAUAACUAAUUUUUCUUUUCUAAUUUCAAUUAUUAAUAUCUAUGAUAUGAUAUGAAUAUUAAAUUUCAGUUAGGAUUAUUUGGUUUGGUUAAUCUUGUUUCAGUGUUGGAGUUCCUCGCUUGUGUUCCUCUUCUUCACAGGCUUCCUUCAUCGUCUUUAAAGAAUUUAUCUCAACUUUUGAUUGUUAAAAGCUAUGAGAUAGGGGAGUAUGUUGUUCGCGAGGGAGAGCCCGGAGAAGGUCUUUACAUCAUUUGGGAAGGAGAAGCUAAGGUUAUUAGACCUGGUAUCGCCGAUGACGAAAAUGAUCUAGAAUUUCAGCUUAAAAGAUAUGACUAUUUUGGAUCUGGUAUUGCUGGAUUAUCAAAUGCAGUUCACCGUGCUGAUGUCGUAGCUUUGACUAAGCUAUCUUGUCUAGUGCUUCCCCGCGAACACUCGGUACUGUUGCAGGCAAAGUUUAUUGGUAGUGCAGAAAAAUCUCAUGAGACAUGCUCACUUGUAGAGCGUAUAUUGCAUUUGGAACCAAUAAUGGUAGAUAUUUUUCAAGAAAUAACCCCUUCAUAUGCACAAAAUUAUGGGAACGUGUUCGGGGGACAGUUAGUUGGACAGGCACUGGCUGCGGCAUCAAAGUCUGUUGAUCGUCUAAAAGUUGCUCAUAGCUUGCAUGCGUAUUUUCUUCGUGCGGGGGAUUCUAAAAUACCAAUUCAAUAUAAAGUUAAGCGUCUGCGUGAUGGGAGGAGUUUUGCUACGAGGAAAGUUAAUGCCAUUCAAAAGGAAAAGGUCAUAUUCACUCUGCUGGCUUCUUUUCAGAAUGAGGAAUUAGGAUUUCAACAUCAGGAAGUGUCUAUGCCAUCAGUCCCUACUCCAGAUGAGCUUUUAUCAAUGGAAGAGUUAAGAGAGCAACGUCUUAUUGAUCCUCGUCUUCCAAUGACUUUCCGGAACAAAAUUGCUACAGCUGAAUUCGUUCCCUGGCCGAUAGAGAUACGGUUCUGUGAACCUAGACCUGCUACAAAUCAGACCAAGAGUCCUCCUAGCUUGAGAUACUGGUUUAGAUCAAAGGGAAAGUUGUCAGAUGAUCAGGCCUUGCAUAGAUGUGUGGCUGCAUUUACUUCUGAUCUAAUAUUUCUUAAUGUAAGUAUGAAUCCUCACCGCGGGAGGGGUAUAAAGAUGCGUGCCUUGAGUUUGAACCACUCCAUGUGGUUUCACAGACCUUUUAGAGCUGAUGAAUGGGUGCUAUAUGUGAUCUUUAGUCCUACCUCCUUUAAUGCGCGCGGCUUCGUUACAGGCCAAAUGUUCAAUCAGAAGGGAGAGCUUCUUGUUUCAUUGGUUCAAGAAGGCCUGACGAUGAAGUAUAUUCCGAAAAGAUCAGCCGCUAACUCUAAGUUGUGAACUUCUGCCAAAAAAUAAGUAAAAGACAUGCACUGAUGUUAUUGUGAGACUUAGGAAUUUGUUCCAUAGGAUUUUUCGGUGGCUGGAGAAGAUAGUUGUCUUACCAGGUGAAUUGUAUCUUUGUAUGAGCUUUUUACUUCCCUAGGAGAUGUGGCUAGGAUUAGAAGUGGUCUUAUCAUGAUUUAACAUUUAGUGGUGUGGACUCUUAGGAAAACCCAAAACAAUUUAAUCUUUUCAGGAUCACCGAAUGACGAGGAGGCUUUGGAAGAUAAGUGCAUCUCGCUUGCCUAGAAAUGGUUUCUUGGUAUGUCGUUGAGGUGUGCUUGUUCUUUCUCCUAUAGAGUAGUAGAAGACCCUAUUCUUUGCAUGCGACAAUAGCGGUUCGAGUGUGUCUUCUGGUUCCCUAAGGGUGUGGUCUAAGCUGCAUGCAGAGACUUCUAUUUUGUUGAUGGUGGUUUGUUUUUCUGAGAUCUAACCUGAUUCUUCUAUUGGUAGCUUUGGUUUCUGUUGUUGGUGGUCCUUUUUCUUUUGAUAUGUCUGUUUAUUUUAUUUUCUCUAGUCUUGUAAUUGUUGGUGAGCUUGUAGUGCACAUCUUGUGCCUUUUUAGCUAUACUUUCUAAUUGUAUUUGUUUUCGUCAUUCUAUUACUAUAAUUUAUUUGUCAUUAAAAAAAAAUGGUGUGUUAAUCAUGGAGAAAAUAUUCUUACUUUA